AUGGGACUGUGUGCGUGUGUGUGUGAGUGUGUGUGUGCAUUUGCAGCUGAACCGCUGCAGGGUUUAGUGGGCAGGAGCAGGCUCAGGCUCAGGCUGACCGGGCCGUGUGUGUUCAUGCUCCGGAGGUUUAGCAGUUCGCAAUGGCGCUAUGGACGGACCGAACCCUGCCUUGGUUUCUCAGCCUGCUCGGGCUGUUAGUUCUGGUACCGGUUUCGGUUCUGUCGUGUCCCAGCCGCUGUCUGUGUUUCCGAACCACAGUCAGAUGUAUGCACUUAAAUCUGGAAACUGUUCCCAGCGUCUCUCCCCAGACUACCAUCCUAGACCUGAGGUUUAACAAAAUUAAAGACUUGCAAUCAGGCUCUUUCAGACGACUGAGGAACCUCAAUACACUGCUUUUAAACAACAAUCUCAUCAGAAGAAUCCCAAAAGAAGCUUUUGAGGAUCUGGAGAACUUGAAAUAUCUCUAUUUGUACAAGAAUGAAAUCCAGUCAAUAGACCAGCAAGCAUUCAAGGGUCUUGUAUCUCUAGAACAGCUAUAUCUCCAUUUUAACAACAUUGAAGCGUUAGAACCUGAGUCCUUCAUUCACUUGCCCAAGCUGGAACGCCUAUUUUUGCACAACAACAGAAUAACACAGCUUGCACCAGGGACAUUCUCUCAUCUACACUCUAUGAAGAGACUGCGUCUAGACUCAAACACACUGAAUUGUGACUGUGAGCUUCUGUGGCUGGCAGACCUGCUGAAGCAGUAUGCCGAGUCUGGCAAUGCCCAAGCUGCUGCCACAUGUGAAUACCCUAGCCGUCUGCAGGGCCGAUCUGUGGCUACGCUCACUGCAGAGGAGCUCAACUGUGAGGUUCCUCGGAUCACUUCUGAGCCACAGGAUGUGGACGUGACCUCAGGGAACACAGUGUACUUCACAUGCAGGGCGGAGGGCAAUCCCAAACCCCAGAUCAUCUGGCUGAGAAAUAACAACGCCCUUAACAUGCAAGAUGACUCGCGACUAAAUCUUCUGGAAGACGGCACCCUGAUGAUUCAGGACACGAGAGAAACUGACCAGGGCGUGUACCAGUGCAUGGCCAAAAAUGUCGCUGGUGAAGUCAAGACAGGAGAGGUCACUUUGCGCUACUUUGGCACCGCAUCUCGGCCCAGUUUCGUGAUCCAGCCUCAGAACACAGAGGUGCUGGUGGGAGAGAGUGUGACUCUGGAGUGCAGUGCUACAGGGCAGCCUCAUCCUCGUGUGACAUGGACAAGAGGAGACCGCAGCGCUCUACCCAAUAAUCCGCGCAUCAGCAUCACAUCCUCUGGAGGGCUUUAUAUCCAAAACGUCAACCAGGCUGACGGAGGCCAGUACACCUGCUAUGCCAGCAAUGAUGUGGACACCAUCCAUGCCACUGCCUACAUCAUAGUGCAGGCUGUUCCUCAGUUCACAGUAACCCCACAGGACAAGUCGGUGUUAGAAGGUCAUACAGUGGAUUUCCCCUGUGAAGCUACAGGCUAUCCUCAGCCUUUCAUCACAUGGACACGCAACGGCAGUCCUCUACAGGUUGAUGGGCGCCAUGUGGUCCUGUCCACUGGGACUCUGCGUAUUUCUCGAGUCGCCCCUCAUGACCAGGGCCAGUAUGAGUGCCAGGCUGUUAACCCUGUCAGUUCGGUUAGAGCAGCUGUACAACUUAACAUCCAACAAAGAGUAACACCUGAAUUCACAAAUACUCCAAGGGACAUGACUGUGGAGUCUGGUAGUGAUGUUCAGAUUCCCUGCAGCGCUCAUGGAGAGCCCACACCUGUUAUUACCUGGAACAAGGACGGUGUUCAGGUGACAGAGAGUGGGAAGUUCCACAUCAACCCCGAUGGUUAUCUGGUGGUGAAUGAUGUGGGUCCUGCUGAUGGGGGGCUCUACGAGUGUGUGGCUCGUAACUCAAUCGGACAAUCGUAUGCUCGCAUGGUGCUAACUGUUCAAGUUCCACAGGUAAGCAGAGAAGGAGAUCCGUUUGUAACUAAGUCUAUUGAGGAGGCCAUCCGCAGCAUAGACAGUGCCAUAGACUCCACCAGGAGGCACCUCUUUGAUGGCUCGCCCCGUACUCCAGGUGAGCUGCUGGCCUUAUUCCGCUAUCCACGCGACCCAUACACGGUGGAACAGGCUAGAGCUGGAGAGAUCUUUGAGCAAACUCUUCUCCUUAUUCAACAGCAUGUCAACCAGGGCCUUAUGGUGGACACUAAUGGGACAGCUUUUCGUUAUAAUGACCUGGUGUCUCCUCGCUUCUUGGAUAUGAUUGCAAACCUGUCCGGCUGCACAGCUCACCGCCGCAUCAACAACUGCUCCGACAUUUGCUUCCAUCAGAAGUAUCGCACCCAUGAUGGCACAUGCAACAACCUGCAGCACCCGAUGUGGGGCGCCUCGCUCACUGCCUUCGAACGCCUGUUAAAGUCUGUCUAUGACAAUGGCUUCAAUUUGCCUCGUGGUGCCACAGAGCGACGUCACAACAACUUUGCUCUGCCCCUGCCUCGACUCGUCUCCACCACCAUGAUAGGCACAGAGACAAUUACUCCUGACGAGCGAUACACACACAUGCUCAUGCAGUGGGGCCAGUUCCUAGAUCAUGACUUGGAUUCCACUGUAGCAGCACUCAGUCAAUCACGAUUCUCUGAUGGCCAGCUGUGCACAUCAGUCUGUACCAACGACCCACCUUGCUUUCCCGUCAUGUUCCCACCCAACGAUCCGCGACAACGAAGGACCAAUGCCCGGUGUAUGUUUUUUGUGCGCUCAAGCCCAGUUUGUGGCAGUGGUAUGACCUCAUUGCUCAUGAAUUCAGUGUACCCUCGUGAGCAGAUCAACCAACUGACGUCCUACAUUGACGCUUCCAAUGUGUAUGGCAGCUCCGAACAUGAAGCAGGGUUGAUACGAGACCUGGCCGGGCAUCGGGGUAUGCUGCGGCAGGGCAUUGUCCAGCGCACAGGAAAGCCACUUCUGCCCUUCGCCAGUGGGCCACCCACAGAGUGCAUGCGCGAUGAGAACGAGAGCCCAAUUCCUUGCUUCCUUGCUGGAGAUCACCGUGCCAAUGAGCAGUUGGGCCUCACAGCGAUGCACACGGUGUGGUUCCGUGAGCAUAAUCGUAUAGCCAGAGAACUACUGCGGCUCAACCCACACUGGGAUGGAGAUACUAUUUACCAUGAGGCACGCAAGAUUGUGGGCGCCCAGAUGCAGCACAUUACCUACACUCACUGGCUGCCAAAGAUACUGGGUGAAGCUGGCAUGAAAAUGAUGGGCAGCUACCAUGGCUACAACCCAAACAUUAAUUCAGGAAUCGUUAACGCCUUUGCCACGGCUGCGUUCCGUUUUGGCCACACUCUCAUCAAUCCCAUACUGUAUAGGUUAGAUGAAAACUUCCAGCCUAUCCAGCAGGGACACAUAGCUUUGCACAAGGCUUUCUUCUCUCCUUUCCGAAUUGUAAAUGAGGGAGGCAUCGACCCCCUGCUGCGCGGACUGUUUGGCGUGGCAGGAAAGAUGCGAGUAACAACACAGCUGCUCAACACAGAGCUCACAGAGCGCCUCUUCUCAAUGGCCCAUGCUGUGGCUUUGGAUCUUGCCGCCAUAAACAUCCAAAGAGGACGUGACCAUGGCAUACCACCCUAUAAUGACUACAGAGUGUUCUGCAAUCUUUCCUCAGCGCAGACCUUUGAUGACCUCAGAAACGAAAUUCGCAACCCCACUGUUCGGGAGAAGCUCCAGAGGCUCUAUGGUAUACCUCUAAACAUCGAUCUGUUCCCUGCUCUGAUGGCUGAGGAUCUUGUUCCUGGGAGCAGACUGGGGCCAACGCUCAUGUGUCUACUGGCAACACAGUUUAAACGACUCAGAGAUGGUGACAGGUUCUGGUAUGAGAACCCUGGUGUGUUUAGCCCUGCUCAAUUGACUCAGCUAAAGCAGGCAUCUCUCACCCGGGUGCUGUGUGACAAUGGUGACAACAUUACUCGCAUUCAGUCUGAUGUCUUCACCGUGGCGGAGUUCCCCCGUGGAUAUGGAAACUGUGAGGAUGUGCCAAAGGUUGACCUGCGUAUGUGGCAAGACUGUUGUGAAGACUGCCGCACCAAAGGUCAGUUCAACGUGCUGUCUUAUCACUUCAGAGGCCGCAGGUCAGCAGAUCACAGCUACACGGAAGAGAAGCCUUCUAUAAAGUUGCAGGAUGAUUACAGAACCAUCGUAAAUACAACAUUUUCCUCAAAAUCAAACACUGAACCACCAGCAAAUGACUUCCAGGACUUUGUGAUGGACAUGCAGAAGACCAUCACUAGUUUACGAAAGCAGAUAAAAAGACUUGAAGUCCGUUUAAGUAAGACAGACUGCACUGAUGAGGAAGGAGGACACAGAGGGAACAGAGAGGCCUGGAAGAAAGACUCCUGCACCACAUGCGAGUGCAAAGAGGGCCAGGUGACGUGUUUUGUGGAGAAGUGUCCUCCAGCAUCAUGUCCAAAGCCUGAGACACCGAAAGGUGUUUGCUGUCCCGUGUGCCUGAAAAAAACAUCAAAAAAUCAGGCCAAAGAACAUCAUGUAUAACCUCAGGAACACAAAAGCAUUUAAAGAAGAGACUUAAGUGAUGCAGCCUAAUGCAUCUACAUGCCUCAGUGUGUUUCUUUUUUUUUUAACCCAUAUCUUCAUGGCAUGGCAUCAGCUACCAUGUUGCCACACAAUCAACUUUUAAAAUAGCAGAUAAAUCAGUGGAUGAACAGAUGAAUGCCUAGAGGAUGCUCUCUUACUCCUUUCUCCAUCAGGCCUGAUUUAGAGGACCAGAGGCUUUUAAAGACCACCAACUGUGUAGGCCUGACCCUUCCUGCCAUCGUGUGCACUGAAAAGAAAGGAUUACAUUACAAAUCAAGCUUGAAUUAAUCUGUUAUUUGUCAGGUAGUCUCUAAAGCGUUCCUUGGUUGAGAGAUGGCUAAUGGUGCUACUUUCCCAACAUUAAUUCAUAAUGUAUUGCUUUGUACUUUUUUUAAUUUUAUUUACGUUUUUACACAGUAUGCAAAAUGUUGUGCACACUUAGUAUGUGCCUUCCAAGGGUGUUCCUGGUUUUUUAACAUUUUAUAGGAAAAAAAUACUAGUGUUACUCCAGCUUUUACUAAACUUUUAUGGUGCUUUCUUAUCAUUUAAUGAGUAUAUAGCUUUACACAUGCAUUCACCUUUGUAUCAACCUCUUGUAUAUGAAGAUAAUGUGAAUAUAUUGAAAAAUAUAUUUGUAAUUGAAGAAAGUCUACUGAUCGCCAAAUGUUUCGUUCCAGUAGCAACUGGUUAACAUAUGGUGCUUUACAUGUUUGCUUGAUUUUUUUUUUCUUUUUUUUCCUGACACUAAACAUUUCACAGGGGCAAAAGAAUAGUAGGUAAGGUAAACAGGCUUUUGUACAAGAGAGUCUUACAUCUGGACAUCACAAUGUUAGUUUAGUUAAAUACAUUUGUCCGCAGACAUCUUGUUCACGAGUACUUUUCCAUCCUGUUUCGAAAAAGUAGUUUACUGCCAAUGAGUCCCUUUUCUGCUGAACAGAUUCUUAACAGUGUUGAAGAAAGACAUUGCCUCAUUAGAGUGCAGCACAGAUUUCGUGCUCAUGACAGCAUUAUUUUCUACACGCUUUUUAUUUUCUUUACAUAGCUCAUGCAUCGUUCCUUAUGGCAGUCUAAGGUUCUGCUCUAUUUCACUGUCAUUCUUAGGAUUUAAAGACCUUUCUCUUUACAUUUUUUAUAGAUGUAGUGGGUUAUGUUAGAGUAUGAAGACCUGAUUACUUAGAACAACAUCGCCUGUCCCUCCCCAGCCUCAAAGUAACCUUAUAUAAGAUACUUGUGACUUACAAUCUUUGCUAAUUUCCUUUUCUCUGUGGCUUGCCUGUGGAUAUUCAGAACGUUCGCCUGAAUGUUUUUCUUCAGAGUUAGCAGAAGGCAUGUGAACAGUGCUGAUGUCAUGUUCGAGAAUGUGACACUUUGACCUUAGUUGUGCUCAAAUUAAAGCCAUAUGGAAUAGUACAGGCAAUGUUUUUAUGUGAAACAGAAGAAUAAUACUGUGGAAGCCAUAAAAAAAACUGAGAACCCCAAAAAUACUAACAGGCACAUUUUAACAGUUCACACUCACAGGGUAUGACUUAGUUUCUGAUUGUCAAGCAUGUGGUAUAUUUUGGAGGUUAAACUUGUAGUGUUGGGUAAUUGUGUUUCUAGUGAACAGCCAAAUUUAAGUAUUAUUUUUUUGUUUAUGUUACUAUGUAUCUGUUUGCUUUCUUUUCUUUGCCUCCCCACAACAUGGUUCAUCUGUGCUCUCUUUGUCCCCAUGCCCCAGACUAAUGUCAGUGCUCAUUCAACAGUUUUACCCAAGACUCUGACCUCUGCCCAAUUGCAAUGCAAUGCACUGCAUGACUGAACAAACUGAACCCAGGGUUCAGAAUGAUUACCUUAUAUUUUGUUUUGUAUUUCUGCCAAAGAUUGUUUGCACUGUAUUGUAUGCCUCUCAACAAGAAUAAAAUGAACACAUUUGAUUUUUUUCUUUUUUUUUUUUUUGGCACUUUCAACUUCCAAGACCAAUUCUAUAUUAUAUUGUAUAUCCAAUCAAAUAAAAUGGAUAACCUUAAA